AUGCUCGUGUCCACCCUGGAAGAGCAACUCUGCAAACAGCUUCGAGAUCUCCCCAAGACCUUCGACAACCGCUACACCGAUGCCGCCCGCCGCGCCGUCUUAGCGACCCUGUUUCGCUCGCUCGCUGCGAACCGAGACGACUAUCUCCACCUCUUCUUUCCGCAGGGCCAGCCCAGCCCGGACACAGCAUGGAGUCUACGAGACGCGCAGGGCGCCGUUGAGGGUGCCGAGUACACCGAGGCUGCAAGAGGCCACCCGUGCGGGCACAUUUUCAAGAGUGGCGAGGCAACCUACAGGUGCAAGACGUGCACAGUGGACGACACGUGCGUCCUGUGCGCCAAGUGCUUUGACGCAUCAGACCAUGAGGGGCACCUCGUCUAUGUUAGCAUCUCGCCGGGCAACUCUGGUUGCUGCGACUGCGGCGACCCCGAGGCUUGGGUGCGGCCGGUGCAUUGCAACAUCCACACCGCGCUGCCCGGGCUUGAGUCGAAAGCGGCGGGAAAGGCAAAGGAGCCCCCAUCACUACCAGAAGAGCUUACUAACGCUAUGCGGACGACCAUCGCACGCGCGCUCGACUACCUUUGCGAUGUCUUCUCCUGCUCCCCGGAGCAACUCCGCCUCCCCAAGACGGAGGAGUCUAUCCGCGAGGACGAACGGCUAUCCCGCCUCACAUCAAAAUGGUAUGGAGGCGUCGAGGUCUCAGAAGCCGAUCAAGAAUUCGUCCUGGUUCUUUGGAACGACGAGAAGCACACCGUCAUGGAUGUCGAGAACCAGCUUGCUCGAGCAUGUAAGCAGACACAAAGAUUUGGUCGAGACAAGGCCUACGAAGUCGAUGACAUCGGCCGCAGCGUCAUCAUAUACUCUACCGACGUCAAGGACCUUCUCCGGAUGGCAAAAAUAAUCGAGGAGAUCAAGCUCACGGUUACAAUCCGGUCCGCACGGGACACUUUCCGGGAGCAGAUGUGCGAAUCCAUAGUGGAGUGGAUCUCGGACAUUUCUGGCUGCAGCGUGGGCCCGGACAACUCCAUCCUCCGCAACGUCAUCUGUGAGGAGAUGCUCAAGCCAUGGCGUAUGGGCAGCGAGGCCCAUCACGCAAAGAUCGGGCGUGAUGGCAUCGACGACCACGAGGCCGAAGAUGCCGAGGACGAACUCCGCAUGAUCUACGGCCGCAUACUCCCCCGGGGCAGACGGACGGCUGUGAGAGACCUCGAUUCCGACGAAGAUGACAACUGGGAGGAUGAUGACGAUGAUGCCGUGGAUCCAGAAGACGAGGAAAUGGAGGUUGACCGGAUUCUGGGAGAAGAAGGAGAUGGUGAUGUGGACAUGGAUGGCUCAGAUGGUAUGGACAGUCUUGAGGCAUCGGAGGCAACUUUUGCAGGAUACCCGCCUCCUCCACCACCGCCCCCAGCACCUCGCAGGCGAGACCAGAUCCACACUCCAGCAGACUCUGACGGUGAAUCUCUAGCCUUCGACAACAUGUUUGAAGAAACGCCGACAAUGGAGGUACCGAAAACGCCCAAGAUCAAGACCAGAACGUUGCGACCUCCUCGCCCCGCCAAAUACUGGCAAGAAAAGCCCGAAGGAUAUCACAUGCGAGCAAACAUCCCCGUCCACGAGGACCUUUGGCAACGAGUUCGUCUCGAUUUCAUGAUCCUUUACGACCUCCGCAUGUGGAAGAAAGUCCGCAUCGACAUUCGGGAUGUUUUCAUCAGCACGGUAGUCACGAUCCCGUACUUCAAGCGGAUUCUGGGACUACGGUUUGCAGCUCUCUACACAACGCUUGCUCAGCUUUACUUGAUUGCUGACCGCGAGCCGGACCAUUCCAUCAUCAACCUGUCGCUGCAAAUGUUGACGACUCCAUCAAUUACUUCAGAAGUGGUGGAACGGGGCAACUUCCUGACCAACCUGAUGGCAAUCCUCUACACAUUCCUGACAUCGCGCCAAGUGGGGUACCCCUCUGAUGUCAAUCCGAUGGCCACACUCGCCUUCGAGGCAGGCGCUGUCACCAACCGCCGCAUGUACCAUUUUUUCCUGGACAUGAAGUAUCUCCUGGGCUCCGAGCACGUGCAGGAGAAGAUAUGCCAGGAGAACCGCUAUCUUCUGCAAUUCCUCGAUCUCGUCAAAUUGCAUCAGGGCAUCUGUCCGAACGUGCGCGCUGUUGGAGAGCACAUCGAGUACGAGACGGAUGCUUGGAUCAGCGCCUCGCUCAUCACGCGGGAAAUCAACAAGCUCUGCCGUCAGUUUUCCGAGUCUUUCAUGUCCGAAAGGGACCCAGACCUGUCGAACGUGUGCCGCGCGAUCCGUACAACGGCGAAGAUUGUCAUCAUCAAUUCCAUGGGAUCCGAACGUAAACGGUUCAAUCAAGCGGAAUUGAAGAAGGAGACAACUUUCAAGACUCUGGAUACUUUCGAAGCAGACGCCGUGGGCCCCGUUUACAACUGGCCCAAGUACAGAGUCGUCGAUUUUGUGGUCGAGAGGGAGCCGAUGAGUUUCCAUCACGCUCUGCAUUACACUCUAUCGUGGUUGAUCGACCGCGGAAAGGCUAUGCCGCGCGAGCAGCUCCUGGGGCUGCUGCUGUUUUCUGUGCAAGAGCUCAGGGACUAUCCUUCGCCCCCACGGGCACAUAUUCCUGACUGUCAGCCUGAUGAGUUUCUCCUUGCGCUCUUCGACUUCCCUCUCAGGGUGUGCGCUUGGCUGGCACAGAUGAGGGCUGGCAUGUGGGUCAGGAACGGCAUUACCCUGCGUCACCAAAUGACAACUUACCGCGGGGUCACCCAGAGGGACAAUUCCCACCAGCGCGAUAUUUUCCUCCUACAGAUUGGCUUGGUCAUCUGUCCGCUGUCACAAUUCUUCGCCCAGAUGAUUGACAGAUUCGGCAUGACGAACUGGGCAAGGGGUGAUUACGCAGUGCGGCCGGGGUACGAAGAUCUUCAGACCAUCGACGUGGCUGAGGAUUUCAUUCACCUACUCAUCAUCCUCUUGAGCGACCGAUCAUCCCUCUUGCCACCUGAUGACUCUCCCAAUCCCUUUCUAGCAGCCGCUCGUCGCGACAUCGCACACACGCUCUGCUUCAAGCCGAUGGCGUACUCGGAUCUCACCCAGCGCUUUUCCGAAAGAUUACAAGACUAUGACGAGUUCGGUGACAUACUCAAGGAAAUGACUCUGUUCAGGGCACCGGAAGGUCUUUCAGACUCUGGAACUUUCACCUUGAAGGAGCAGUACAUUGAGGAUAUCGAUCCGUAUAUUGCUCAUUACAACAGGAACAGCCGCGAGGAAGCCGAGAACAUCUACAAGAAUUACAUGGCGAAGAAGAGUGGAAAGGACCCAGCAAGCAUCGUUUUUGAGCCCAAGCUCCCCCGGAUUCGGAGCGGCAUUUUCAAAGACCUGGCUUGUUUCACCAAACUUCCCAUGUUUGCCCAGUUCAUCUACUACUUCCUCGGCUAUGCGCUGGCCUCUCCGGCCGUCACACCCAACAUCCCCACGACAAGGCUGGAAGCAUUUGUUCAAUUCGUACUGCAACUCAUCAUUGUGGUGGUCGACGAGGAGUUGGGUGAAUUUGCGGCUUAUGGAGGCGAGGAGGACCCGUCGGGAUCAUUCACACUCUUUGCGCUUUCAAAGCAUUUUUCUCCCAUUCCCGGGUUCCAGCAACAGGAUACAAUCGUUUCCUUGCUCCGCGCCUUGUUGGACAAAGAAGAGUUCAAGGCCUGCGAACCGAAGAUUCGUCUGAUCCUGUCGCGUAUCCAACAGCGACAGCCGAUCGGGUUUGAGAAUGCGGUGCCAGUCGAUCGUAUGGACACUGCAUCUCCGGCUGCAGCCGCCGCUCAAGACAAGGAAGUGAAAAAGAGACAGGCUCUCGAAAGGCAGGCACGAGUCAUGGCACAAUUCAAGGAACAACAGUCCAACUUCAUGGCUAAUCAGGCCAUCGAUUGGGGAGUCGACUUGAGCGAUGAAGAAGAAGAUUUUGAUACACCCGCUGUUCAAGAAGACAAAACUUGGAAGUACCCUUCGGGCACCUGCAUCUUGUGCCAAGAGGAAACCAACGAUCAAAGGCUGUAUGGCACAUUUGCCUUUGUUACUGAGAGUGGGAUUUUGCGCCAGACGAACGUACAGGAUCCUGACUGGCUGUCUGAGGUUGCUACCACACCAGUGGACUUGGACCGUUCUGCUGAGCAUAUCAGACCUUUCGGUGUUUCUGGGAAGAACCGCAAGACUGUCCAAAAGACAACCUUUGAGGGGAAGACCGUCUUGACCGAGCGUCAGGAUUUGGGCAAAGGAUUCCCCUGCUCUCAUAACAAGAGAGGCCCGGUCAGCACCGGCUGUGGGCAUAUCAUGCAUUAUUCUUGCUUCGAGGUCUACAAUACGGCAACACACCGUAGGCACGUAAACCAGAUCGCACGGCAACACCCGGAGCGUCCUGAGUUUAAGGAAUUCAUGUGUCCCCUCUGCAAGGCGCUCGGGAACGCCUUUCUACCAAUCAUCUGGGAGAGCAAGACCAUCACCUAUCCUGGUGUUCUAGAGCCCGAGAUACCGUUUGAUACAUGGCUUGAGUCUCACGUCAGUGUCCAGAUUUCCAAGCUUGACAAAGACCCUGAGCGCGCGGGUGGAGAUAUCCCCCCCGCCUACAUACGGCAGCACAACAUGUUUCUCGAUUAUGGCACAGAGAAGAUGAUUGCUCCUCUUUCGUCUCGGCUGUCCGACUUGUCUCGGCCUGGGCCUGUGACGGUUGCUGCACCGUCGACGCAAAGCUCAGCUCCCCGUGCCUUUCCACUGCCUAACAUCUACGAGCGACCACAAGAGGGGGAUUUUGUGCCAAUUGUCGUCACCGGGGCGCCCGAGGCAACCGCUCCCGCUCUGCAAGCCACGCCGCCUCUGGAGCUCUUCUCCAUAUACCGGCGCUUGCGAGACACGAUGCGAGCAAACAUGCUGCAGACAAGAUAUUCCCAUUCGCAUGGCCACAGCUCUCUUCUUGCCUCCGAGGACCUGACCUACACCGACACGCUUGCCAAGUCCCUCGGUUUCUCCAUUGCCGCAGCAGAGAUCGCUCAGCGGGGCACCGAAUCCGAUGUGGGUUGCACGUUGUUGGACAAGAUCUCGGAGCACUCGCUCACGCAUCUCCGGGUAUUGUCUGAGACUGUCACGUCUUAUCUCGCCGUUGGAGGCAUGCAUUACCAAGGGAAAAACAGAACAAACACGGAGUUCCUGGACAGCCAGAAUCGCCAGCUCCAGCAACUGAUGUUUGGCCACCCGCUCGUGGAAGAGCCGGCACCUCCGACGAAAUCGGUUCCUCCGCUCUUCUUGCAGGACCCAUUCGUGUUUCUCGCGGAGAGUUCUGUCUGUCUUGUACCUUCGCUUCACCUUGACGUCCACCACGUCAUGCGGCUCUGCUAUCUUGCUGAGAUUGUCAAGGCCAUAACAGUGUUUGUCCUCGCUGAUCCGGAAGCGCUUGCAAAGGCUCCCGUGGGCGAUGAGAACAUCUACAGGGACCACGCGGCCAGCCUUGGUCAAGAGCAAAUGGAAGUCUUCUCGGCGUUUGUGAAGCGCAUCGUUUUGGACAAUGAGGAAGCGGUCAUAUUCAACGAUGCAGGACAAGGGGCUCAGAGGGUCAUGUCGCUUUUUGACGCCGAGAACAUCCGGUUCUUGCAGUACUUGCGUGUGCUGGUUUCAGCCUAUGCGUUGCCCUUCGUGCGCAAGGCUGUAAUCCUUCUGCACGUUCGUUACGGCAUAGAGUUUCCCGAUGCCGGAUACGACUCGGCCAAGGAGCCUGAACUGCAACGGCUUUCCAAGGCACUGCGGCUUCCCUCACUGGACGAGGUGUUCGACACGUACCUUGCCGACGGACCAGCAAGCAUGAUCAUCCGGUCGAUUGCGUCAGGUUGGAUCAAGCACUGGGCGUUGUAUCGCGAGAGUAAGCGGUCCGGUCCUCCAGCGAGGCCGCUGACUCUCAGCCACCCGGCAAUCUUCGAGCUGGUCGGAUUGCCGAAGAACUACGACACACUUACGGACGAAGCAAUCAAACGCAAAUGCCCGACUGUGCCUCAUAAGGAGCUGACGGACCCCUGCGUGUGCCUCUUCUGCGGAGAGAUCUUCUGCAGCCAGGCAGUCUGCUGCAUGAAGCAAGGAGGCAAGGGUGGAUGCAUGCAGCACCAGGCCAAAUGCGGCGGUCACGUCGGCAUGUUCAUCAACAUCCGCAAGUGCAUGCUGCUCUACACGCACCACCAGAGCGGCAGCUGGUUCCCGGCGCCGUACCUGGACAAGCACGGCGAGACGGACAUGUCGUUGCGGCGACAACACCAGCUUUACCUGCACCAGAAGCGAUACGACGCGCUGGUCCGAAACGUGUGGCUGAACCACCAAGUGCCGUCGACCAUUGCUCGGAAGCUGGAAGGGGAUAUCAAUAACGGAGGAUGGGAAACGAUGUGA